AUGAUCUUCACACUGAAUACGAUAUCCAAGGUGUUUGCCUUGGUAUCGUUCACUCUCAGUACUCUCUGUUUAUUUGCCGGAUCACAGAAAUCGAUCCUGCAAAAUGCGAGUGUCGUGUUGCUCGAUACAUCAGCAUCCGAACCUACCUCAGCCAUCCAGGCAGCAGCGAACAGGACAGCGGCAGAUCUGGGUCUAAAAGACUUCUACGCAAUACACGUUUUGACGUAUUGCGAAGGCAACUUCAAAAGUAGUGUGGAGGGCGGGCUGGAGGUGACAAGCUGCUCAAAGCGCAGAGCGCCCUUCGCAUUCGAUCCGGCCAAAGUGUUCUCUGCAGGGUUCAAGGCUGGAUUCAAUAUAUCUGAUAUAAACUGGCCGGAUAGUAUCACGGACGACUUUGAGGUUAUGGAAAUGACUACCAAAGCCAUGUCAGUGUUAUAUGUCAUUGGAGUGGCAUCAACGGGUGUCGUUUUUCUCAUGGAGAUUCUUCUUACGCAAGCUGGAGGAAAGCCCUCCAUGUUCGCGCAUCUAUUCUUUGUUGUGCUCAGCUUUGUCUGCUUGGGGGUGUCGUCCUCCGUGGCCUCGGGGAUUGCUGUUCAGUUCGUGAAUCUCAUCAACCGACACGGUCAAGGCUUUGGAGUAGUGGCGAAGGGAGGCAGCAGCUUCCUUGGUAUGACAUGGUCUGCUGUUGUACUCUCAUUCCUCACAGUUGUGAUCAGCGUCAUCACGUUGCCGUCCUCUGGCGGCACCCCUAUCUCUGAGAAGGAAAUCGAGGAUGUAUAGAAAGUGACAGUUGCUGAGGAUUGUAUGAUGUUGUACUUAUUUGUGGAUAUGCUAAACUCGAACCAACUUUUACAUCACAGUCGUCCGCUCAGGAUGAAUUUCAGAAAACAGUAGUGCCGUAAAUCAAUAUCGGGCUUCUUUGGGUACACAUGUUAACCAGCCACGGCGAAAAUUAUCGGGAUCGCGAUGCCUUCGGCUAUCUGCGUCGCAGGCAUGUUUCGUUUGUUACUGGCCAGUCGGUGACUGAAUGGUCGAUAAUGGUAGCCCGGUGAACUGAGUUAUUUUGAUCGCAAGACAACCUAGCUUAUAUACCGCUUUGCGGUAUUUAUUUGCGUAAUUUGUCGCACCGAAGAGCCUGUCAGGAUUGAAGCUAAAACGACAUUUUCCCGGGCCUGCGUAACCAGUGGUAGGCUUGUUGUUUCAGGACCUGGAUACCUAGCUAGGUAGGUUUGCUGGUACGAUGUAUCUCCGGUACUGCCGCAACACAAUGGAUGGAUUGGAUUCGUUCCGCUUGCAUCCUAUGUAA